CGGACGCUUAGUUCUACUAUGUUUCUUCUGGAACUUAAAUGCAGCAUGACUGAUGACGUAGCAGAAGGAAGAUAAACAUGGCGUCCGGACAGCAGUGGGUGUUGGUGGAAAUGGUGCAAGCAUUUUAUGAGGCUCCUGCUUACCACCUGAUUCUGGAGGGGAUCCUCAUCCUGUGGAUCAUCAGACUUCUCUUCUCUAAGACCUACAAACUUCAUGAGACCUAUAAACUGACAGAGAAGGAAAAGGAGGACCUAAUUGAGGAAUGGCAGCCAGAGCCUCUCGUUCCUCCUGUUUCCAAAGACCAUCCCUCCCUCAACUAUGAUGUUGUCACAGGACCUCCAAGCCAAAAAAUCAUCAUCAAUGGAAAAGAGUGCAUUAACUUUGCAUCCUUUAACUUCCUGGGUCUCCUCGACAAUGAGCGGGUUAAGCAAAAAGCUCUGGCAUCACUGAAGAAAUAUGGUGUGGGCACUUGUGGACCAAGGGGCUUCUACGGAACCUUCGAUGUUCACCUGGAGCUGGAGAGUCGUCUGGCCAAUUUCAUGAAAACUGAAGAGGCCAUCAUUUAUUCCUAUGGCUUUGCAACCAUUGCCAGUGCAAUCCCUGCCUACUCCAAGAGGGGGGACAUUAUCUUUGUGGAUGAAGCAGCCUGCUUCUCCAUCCAGAAGGGUCUUCAAGCGUCUCGCAGCUUUAUCAAAUACUUCAAACACAAUGACAUGGAGGAUCUGGAGAGGAUGCUGAAGGAGCAGGAGCUGGAGGACCAGAAGAAUCCUCGUAAAGCUCGAGUGACCCGGAAGUUCAUUGUCGUGGAGGGGCUGUACAUCAACACCGCAGACAUCUGCCCUCUGCCUGAGCUGGUGAAGCUGAAGUACAAGUACAAGGUGCGGAUCUUUCUGGAGGAGAGCAUGUCUUUUGGUGUGUUGGGAGAUCACGGCCGAGGAGUCACAGAACACUUUGGGGUCAAUAUUGAUGACAUUGAUCUGAUCAGUGCCAACAUGGAGAACGCUGUGGCUUCCAUCGGAGGCUUCUGCUGCGGACGCUCCUUUGUCAUUGACCACCAGCGUCUGUCGGGCCAGGGCUACUGUUUCUCUGCCUCGCUGCCUCCCAUGCUGGCUGCUGCUGCCAUUGAGGCCCUCAACAUCAUGGAGGAGGAUCCAGAUAUUUUCACUGUCCUGAGGGAAAAGUGCAAACAUGUGUACAAGGCUUUACAGGGAACUCCUGGUCUGAAGUUAGUAGGAGUCCAGUUUGCCCCGGCUCUUCACUUACAGCUGGAGAGAAGUUCAGGCUCCAGAGUCGUGGACAUGCAGCUGCUCCGCACCAUUGUGGAAUAUUGUUUGGAGAGACGUGUGGCUCUGACCCUCGCUCGGUACCUGGAAAAAGAGGAGCGUUUCCUCCCCUCGCCCAGCAUCCGAGUGGUGGUCACCAUCGAACAGACGGAGGAGGACAUCCAGAAGGCUGUGUCUUGUAUCCAGGAGGCAGCUUCAGCUGUCCUCAAGGGAUGAUGCAGCGUUAGUCUCUGCUGACUGCAGACAUCAGCGGGACAGAGAGUACUGUGCAGGCCGUCACUGUGAGGGGUCACUCGGCCACAGACAGUGAGCCCUGCACACUCAACGUGUCAUGAGGAACUUUACUGAUGAAUACACGUGCUAUCUUUUAGCCUUGCUUUUGUUUGUCUCUUAAUUCUGUGCUUCUCUUUGUUCUCAUUCAAGGUCCGCUCAUAAUCAUACUACAUGUUGUAUAUUGUUAUGAAUGUAAGUGGGCCUUCAACAGGACGGUUUGCAGUUGACUUCCUGCUGUGAACAAUAAUGGCCCCCAGUCACGAAUAAAACAACAUUGACUGCAUUGAGAAUUAGACUUAAUCUCCAUGGAACAAAUGACUUUUUUUCUUCUGUGCUGACCAAAGAGGAGACACUGUGCUCAUUGUUUUAUUUAAUAUGUUUGCAGUGGACUAGUACAUGAACUGUACAUGAGGGUUGCGAUUGUAUAAGCUACAAACACUGAGUUUUACAACUGGAUUAUUUGUUCUUUGUUUUUCAGUCCACGUUACUUUUCUUUUGUUAAAUGUUGUUGCAUUCUGACCAUUUUUGCUUUAAUUAAAUGUAAAUAUAUCUGAUUUAAA